AUGGCCAUUGGGGAGGCUAAUUACGGCUCGCGCGCCGCUGUGGCAACCGGCCUCGUGAAAUGGCGCACUGAACGGCGAGACUCGUCCAUGAAUAUGAUGCUGCAGAACGCGCUAUCUAUCACUAUGGCAACGCCGUAUUUUAUCGAUAAAAGGCUAGCAGGCUCCACAGGGGGAUAUCCCAGCAAGUCAAAUUCGUCAUCUGAAGGCAUGGAUACGUGGAGCAAGCAGGCUGGCGAAACGACGCCCGAAAUGUCGAGGAACCCAUCGCCAGACCGACUGCAGCAACGCUUAAACAGAAUCUUUGACGAAUCAAGAACGAACAACAACCAUAUAUCGAGAAGUCAGCAGGAAUCAACACGAUCUGCCCGCGCUGCCACAUAUUCGUCGCCAUGCGAGGAGAAGGAGCGGUCCCUAUCCAGCUCUCCCACGAAAACGAUCAGGAUGCGGCCUCACCAGGAGCGGUUUGACGGCUCGCCAAAUAACAUCCCCAUACGGCACCGUCGAUCCAGAACCGACCUCCCGGGGCUUGGGAAUAGCCCGAACUUCUCCAUCGAUGGAAAUAGAAUGACCAGCCACUCGACUGACACGGACCCAUCCAAGCUAGAGGACGUUGAUCUGGGCGCCUCAACGGAGAAAGUCAGUGAGCCUAAAUCCAACCGCACAAGUCGACUUUUCUCUGGGCUGUUUCAAGGCGAGUCAUCCCCUAUACGAUUGGGCCUGAUGUCUUCCCCACGCUCGGAUAGGGGUACUGAAGACGGGAUGCUGGAGGCCUCGCCUGCGAUCGAUCGAUCUAGUCGCACAUCAUCGCCGUCACCUACAAAAUUAUCCAGAAACAUGAAUGUCCCCGCCUCACUGAGGCAGGUCGCUUCAGGGAACCCCUUCUCGUUUUUCACCUCAAAGCCCCAGCAGGGUCAAAAACAAUCGCUUCCAGAGCCUGCAGAUGACAAGUUUCUAAACCUUGAUAUUAAAUCCGCACUAUGUCCUCCGUCAGUUGCCGACCUACCGCCCGAAGAAGCCCUUCGUUCCUUUCAAGCUCACGCCGAAAAUCUCGUGCGCGAAUUCCAAGAAGCAUACAAACUACGAACAUUUGCGUUACACGGAGCAGUCGCGGAGAAAGAUGCACAAUCGGAUGAGUUGGAAGAUGCUCAGUCUCGAGUCGGGAAUAUCAAAUCACAGCUCGAUGGGAUGGCAGCAAGGGUGUUUGAACAAGACAAAGCGUUAAAGGCUCUAACGGAGGAGCUUAAGGCCGAGAGGGAGAAAUAUUUGGAAGAAAGCAAGGCAAAGCAGCAGGCGGAGGAUGUCGCAACCCCAACUCGGCAGUCUCAAGCGAGCCAUUCAAAGCAGCAGUCCAGUGGGGGAACAUUCACUAGCGAUUCUGGCUUUGACUCUGGAGACGAGAGCGUUGCGGAGAGCGUGUUCUCGCGGGAAAACGACGACGGUUCGUCAGUCAACACUCGGCUCUCUACCGUAUCUACUUCAACUCCAUCUACGCCCUUGCCCCCGGCAACAUCAGUGCCGUCUACAAGACCCAGCACCCCGAAGGCUGCCCAGGCUGCCCAGCCAGCCCAGCAACGAGAGACGGCAUAUGGAAGGGUUCUCAAGGGCAUAUCCUCGUCUGGAAUCGGCUCCUCAUUCAACGCUUUGACAUCCUCGAGAUUCAAAUGCCCUGACUGCCGCGCAAAUGGCUCGUCAGAUGCUUCAACGGUGACUAGUAUACUACGAGAGGAAAACAAGUAUCUGAAGAAACGGAUCGUCGAACUUGAGUAUGCGGUUGAAGAAUGUAUUACGCUCGUUGGAGGUUAA